UCUUCUUUUUUUAAAGCCGCAGAUGAAACAUCCAGCUCUCAGUCUGCGCGGAGCACAGCUGCGGACAUUUCUGGAGAAGGUCGCGCUACUUCUGGACUUGGGUUUUUGUAAAUUACUUUGAGAUCCACCUGUGGAUGUUUGAAACCCCUUUUUUUAAAGAGUUGAUUAGCUGCGGGGAGGUUUUACUUUAUUUUUAUUUAUUUUUUUCCCCCCUCCUUUCUUCGCGUUUGAGGAGAUGGAGCGCACCGUGCUGCUGAGCGCCCUCCUCCCCCUCCUGCUGAGCGCCCCCGGCGGCUGCGGCUCCUCCUUCGUGCCGUGCGAGCCGUGCGACCCGAAGGCCCUGUCCAUGUGCCCGCCGGUGCCGGUGGGCUGCCAGCCCGUGAAGGAGCCCGGCUGCGGCUGCUGCCUGACGUGCGCGCUCGAGGACGGCCAGCCGUGCGGCGUGUACACGGAGCCGUGCGCGCGGGGGCUCCGCUGCCUGCCCAGGAACGGCGAGGAGAAGCCGCUGCACGCGCUCCUGCACGGCCGCGGGCUCUGCAGGAACGAGAAGCUGUACAAGCUGCUGCACCCGCCCAAAGAGUCAACACAAACCAAGGUACCUUUAUAUGGAGAUCACAUCAGCAGUCGCAAGGCUCAGGCCAUGAAGCUAGCCAACGACCGCAAGAAGUAUUUGGCUAGACUGGGACACGUCGGUAACCGAGAGCCAGCGCCAAGUCUGGAUAAACUGGAGCCAGAAAUUGGACCCUGCAGGAGGAAAUUAGAUGGUCUCAUUCACAGCAUGAAGGACACUUCUCGGGUCUUGGCUCUUUCUUUGUACGUACCCAACUGUGACAAAAAGGGCUUCUUCAAGCGUAAACAGUGUAAGCCGUCUCGUGGCAGGAAACGGGGAAUUUGCUGGUGCGUGGACCGCUUCGGUGAUAAAAUCCCCAGCAUCAACUACGCCGGAGGGGAACUACAGUGCAAAGAUCUGGACAGUGGCAACAACAGCAAUAAAUGAGGGUGAACCACUCGCUGAGCCCGUUUCUUCUCAAAACCUGCCAAACAAGCUAGAACUCUUUAUGACUGACAAUCAGGAGAUCACAGCACCAACACUUUUAUAUGUAGUAGAGUGUGAUGGACUGCAUUGUUAAUUUGUGAAAUGGAGCCAAUCUGAAAAGACUGCUGAACUAAGAAGUCUAUGCGUGUAGAUCUUGACUCUGGCUUUCCACUGACUGUGUAUGUCAAUAUGAGUUUAGCAACCAUAAUCUUCUAUUUUUUCUUUAAAAAAAUCAGAGACACGAUAUAUCUUUAAUGUAACUUAGUCCUGACAUUUUUCAGAUGUUUGUUUCAGAGUUAAACAUCACCACAAACAGAGAAAUACUGAGUUGGAUUUGUCAAAAUCAGGACAUUUCAAUGCAGAAUUUUAGCUUCCAAUGUGUGAAAAAUUGAAUUAUUUUUAAAAUAAUUGGGUAAUUCUAAAAACAUUUGUUAACCCUGACUUCUAAACAUUAAUAUUUUUCCUAAAAGCCAAUGUCUAGCACAUUUGUGGCUAAUUUGUUAGCUAUGGUAACAUGCUAAUAUCUCAACUUGUGGGCAUUGAGUUUAAAAGUUAAAUUUUUUUGAGUUCCAGGUUCCCCUUUGUGUUAUUUUAAAUGCAGCAUUCUUCCUUAGUUAUUGCAAGACAAUGCUAGUUUUAUGUAGUUACCAGAUUGGUAAAUGAACUCAGGAGGACAGAGAAGAUAAGCUAACAAUCAUUUCAACUCAAACAGUGAUUUCACUAAUAAAGUUACUUAGUUAUGACCAUUUCUUUAGGAUUACAAAUAGUACUAAAUUAUAAAUACAAUUGUACUGGAACAAUAAAAAUCAUUCUUAUUUAA